UAAAAAAUGCCAAGUAAAUUGCCUUGUGAAUUUCCCGAGACUUUCCUUCCACUAAACAUAGACUUUUGACUAUUCCCACGAUCAAAAUCUUAUCCCAACAGCCUUUUUAGCUCUAUAAAUGUGCCAGCUUCUUAACUUCACUUAGAAAAAGAAUUCUUCAAGAGUUUCAACAACUUAACCAAUCCAAAGAAAUUAAACAUCCAAUUGCAACUUCCCUUAGAUGGACACAAGUAGCCUGUCUCAAAAUUACCCUGCUUUCGAUCUCAACAUAUCUAUGGAUGCUCGGGUUUGUAAAAUUCCUCCUUUAUUUUUACAAAUGUUUUGUCCAAAUAAUCAGUUCCAGGGGAGACUUAUCAUUUUAGUCCCCAAUUAUUAUGUUUGAAGCAGGAGAAAGAAGAGUUUGAAGAUGGAGAGAUUCAUGUUGAUAAUAAAACCAAGUCAUCAUCGUCAUCGGAGAAAGACGAGCGACAGGCUUUGAUGGAGAAAUUAAACCAGAUGAGGUUCGAGAAGGAGAAGUUGAUUGAAAUGCUUACCAUCUCGUUGGAAAGUUACAACGCAUUACAAAGUCGCCUGAUUCAAUUGGUGCAACAAGAUUCCGAUCAACUACAAAACUCAAGAAAGCGAAGAAAACUUGAGACUACGGAUAACUCUACAAUUACCACAUUGGGAAAUCAUCAUGACACAACUUAUGAUAGUAUUUCAGAUGAACGAUCACCUAACUUGCCAAGAGAAAUCAGGACAAAUAUCUCCAAAGUUCAUGUACGAGUUGAUCCAUCGGAUACAAGCUUAGUUGUUAAAGAUGGAUAUCAAUGGAGAAAGUAUGGACAAAAGGUUACUAAAGAUAAUCCUUCACCAAGAGCCUACUUCAAAUGUUCUUUUGCCCCAUCUUGCCCAGUCAAGAAGAAGGUACAAAAGAAAGUGGGAGAUCCAUCUACAUUAAUAGCUACUUACGAAGGGGAGCACAACCAUCAACACCCUUUGAGAACUGAAAUGUAUUUCUCAUCAGCUCAAGUUGGAUCUCCAAUUUUCGCCCACUCAGGUUGGAAUUGUUCUGAAUAUCCAAGUCCUAAAGAGAGAGUCGAAACUGGAGACAAGAAAUGGGAGGCAUUAGGAAGCAGUGGAAUUCAACAGUUCAUGGUAGAACAAAUGGCAUCUACCUUGACUAGAAAUUCUAGUUUUACUGCAGCCGUUGCGGCAGCUAUCUCUGAAACAAUCACGAACCAUAUUUUUUCAGAGUAAAUACUUUUCCGUCUCAAAAGUAUUAUCUAGUUUGAAUUUUCACUUUUAAUUUAAUUUGUAAAAAUGAAAAUUCAAAACUGGACAAUAAUUUCGGGAUGAAAAGAAUAGAAGUUAGUUUAUUAGAUUUUUUUUUUUUUUGUUGGGAAUUUUGGAACAUUGAGAGUGAGAACGUUUAUGUAUAUUGCAUCCUAUGAUAUUGUAAGAAAGAAGGAAAGUUGUCAUGCAUUAUGUCGCCACUUAGUAAACAUUCAACUUAAUCAUGCAUAACGCAAUAUUAGUAAGUAUUAGUAUUGUAUGAUACUUGAUAUGUAUCUAUAUGUUUUGAUUUAUGAAGUGCAUCAAAUUAAUCGUGAAUCGGGCAAUUAGCCUUACAUAUUGUACCAUAGUUCUAACUGUGUCACAAAACGUUUGUUUUUUAAAUUAGGGUAUAACAUCUUGAAGGCCCAUAUAAGCCCAUAUAAAGCCCCUUUGAACCAG